AUGCAAGUCAUCCGACUGAUCCCUCUAUUGGUCAUCAUCCCUUGUACAGUCGGUGAGGAUGCCGACUCAUGCUCUACGGCAGACGUUGCCAAUGUCGGGCGAGGACCCGCCCUCUUCAACAAUCUCAACACCUGUGUAACUACGACUGGUGGCUUCAAUGAUGGUGCGCUGGAAUGUGUUUCGGCAAGCACCAAUAUCAGUAAAUCCUGUGCCACUUGCUAUUUUGAGCUCUACUCUUGCGCUGCCACGGCUUGUCAACAAGCUUGCCUGCAGCAGUUCUCGGCGGACUGUGUCGGUUGUAGCAUGGGUAUAUGCGGCGACGAACUUCAGAUCUGCACAGGAACGCCAGGCGCAGUGCUUCCCGAUCCGUUCACCACGAGCGACUUGGUACUGCCCACACCGGCUCCUAAUGGUUCAGCAGCUAACAGAGUGCCUCGUGGUCUCUAUGUUCUACCCAACUCGGACGAAGUGCAUGUGUCGGUGAAUAUCGACAACAUCACCAGCACUAUCGAUACUGUCAUCAGGAUCAACACGGACUCCCCGCUCAUUCCACAAAUUGAUUCUCAGUGUGCUGACAUGCCGUAUACUUUUGACUCUAACGACUCGACGAUUAUCGUGGACUUCGCCGAAGCAAUCUGCCUCAAGAAUGUCUACGAUGAGCUGCGUGCUGUGGCUCCCGCGUUACCAGUUGGUCUGUUGACGAUUCAGUACAAUAAGGUCGCCAACACACUGUCGCUACCUUUGCUAUCGCUAUUCGUGCUCGAGAAGGACUCUAACGCUACCAAUCCGAUACCACCAUCGAAUUCGUCGACCACCAUACCUCCACUGGGUGCCGAGAAUCCGAACUCAUCAGCGUCGACUGACGCCAUUAGACUAUUGUCAAUCUGUCUUUUACUUGUACUUCUUUCUUUUUGA